AUGCCAAGCCGUCACUAUGAUGUCAAUGAAAACGAUCUAUCGGGUUUUGCCUUUAUAGAUCAUCCCAGUGAUGACGAUGAUAUAGAUCCAAUCUUUGAUGGUAUUGAAAAAAGUGAAUCCUUUAAACAGCAAGAAGAAGAAAAUCAAUUAAAAAAGAAACGAAAAAUUAAGGAAACACUCAAUUAUUACCAAUCACUGAAAAAACAAGUAAUAGAAAAACCAACCAUAAAGAAUGUAAUUCAUUUAGAAUUAGAUGAAUCACUACUUUUAGCCAAUGAACCUUCCACGCCAUCCAUGGUCACUCACGAUCGUGGAGAUGAAGAAUUUAAUCUCAUUCAAUCGGAUCAAGAAGAAGAUGAAACGAAUAUUCCCACUACUACGACCACCUCCAAAAGUGUUCCUAUAUCCAAAUUAGAUCAAGCUCUUGCGAAAAUCAACGAAAAAAAGAAAACAACCAUUUCUCAAAGCAAAGAAGAUUGGAAACAAUUCAAAAAGCAAGAAGGAAUUGAACAUGAAUUGCAACAAUAUCGAAAAGAUGGUUAUUUGGAAAAACAAGCAUUCUUAGAACGAACUGAAAUGAGAGAAUUUGAAAUUGAAAAGGAUUUAAGAAAUUUGGAAAGAAAAAGAAAGGAACAGCAACUGAAAUGA